UCGCUACUUCUGAUUGGCUGCUAGCUCUAGGGGGUGGGGCCUAAUCGCCCAUAAGUUCGGGGCCCCAGAAGCGGCUCUACUGUAUAGCUGUGGGUGCCGGUGUGGAGCUGUUUCUUGCGGCGUGCCCGGGGGUCCUGGUCCGGCUCGGCAAUGUCUGAUCCAGCUCAGCAACCUGCUCCUGGGGCCCCCGAAGGGGGAGCCCCUGGUGGGGGCCCCCCCGGACCACCCCCCAAUCUGAGCAGUAACCGUCGGCUGCAGCAGACACAGGCCCAAGUGGAGGAGGUGGUUGAUAUAAUGCGUGUAAAUGUAGACAAGGUGCUGCAACGAGACCAGAAACUGUCAGAGCUAGAUGACCGGGCAGAUGCGCUUCAGGCCGGUGCCUCACAAUUUGAAAGUAGCGCAGCAAAACUGAAAAGGAAGUACUGGUGGAAGAACUGCAAGAUGAUGAUCAUGAUGGGAGUGAUUUGUGCCAUUGUGGUGGUGGUGAUUGUAGAUCCUUAAACACAGAAAACAAUUCUUCUUUGGUGUUGGGACGUGUUCAUGAUCCAAAUGAAGACCUCCAAGAGUAGGGUGCUGUUCACAGUGUAUCUUGGAGCAUGGCUGGAAUAAAGGUAAGUGCCCCCUUGUUUUGCUUCACCUGAACGCUUGAAACUCAUUAAAAAGAAAUUACAGAGCUUUGUCAAGUGCAGACUUAUUUUAAAAUGAGGUACUUGUGCCCUUAUCUGUCCAUUCAGUUACACACCAUAGGUUGUAAAACAAUACUCCCUGUGGCUUGUGGAUCCCUUAUGACUGAUCUUUGUCCGACCUUCAACAUCACCAAAAUCAUACCAGAACAAUGUAUGGUCUGUGGUAAAUUUGGAACGGUGCACCCAGGCUAAUUCUUUCAAAGAUGGAAGCUUUACUAAGAAAGAAGCGUGUCUGGACUGGGUAGUGGUUUAAAGCAGCCUGAACAGUCUGAACUUCAGCACAGAUCAGGCCCACACAACCAGAGUGAACUACUCAUGCCACAAUUCGUGCCAAGUUGUGUGUUGUCUUUCUGUUAGUUAUCAGCCUUGUUUAUGUAGGGGUGUAUGUUGCCUUCUGCGAGGCAGCAGCGACCUGGUUCAGGAACAGCACGGCGACCAACCCCAGGCCGCUCGGUCCAUCAGCUCACAGACACCAAUGUGGUGGACGGCAAAUGGUGUUUAUUAGCAGGUAACACAGGUUUAUAUACCUUGAGUUUACAAUGUCACUUCCGUUUGCUUACAUCACACAUUCCUACCUGUCUAGGGAGGGGCUACUACCCUUCUGUACAGCACGAGAUCUUCUGGCCACCAGACCCUAACUGCCUACAUUUCCCCCCUCCCUAUGCAAAACUAAAUUAGCUAAAAAAAAAAUGUAACAGUCUGAAAAAGUUAUGCUUUUACCUUAGUGCAAUAUUCUGUGAGUAAAAUAAUUACAAUGAACGAUAAGGCACUAUAAAUUGGUUAGAACUAGGAGGUAAUAGAGUACAAUACUAUGUAAGUAAUUUUUAGAGGUAGACUAAAUAAUGUUAGCAGCAAAAUACCAUAGACUGGUGAAAACUAGAAAGUGACAGUUAGUAAUGGAUUGUAACUAAGGAUAGCUGGGGAUAACUGGGUAAAUGCCUCCUUUUAAAGGAGUUGUUGGCGUUCAAUCAGCAUAAUGUUAACUCCCUCUAGCCGGCUUUUAACAAACGCCACAAGCUUAUUUAGUAUGCAGGGUCCGAAGAUCAGUGUUAAUGUGACCAUAAUGAUCGGUCCUGCCAAGGUAGAUAUCAGGGUGGUUAACCGUGGUGAAUGGCUAAACCAUGACUCAAACCAUCCUUUUAGGGUUUCUCUAUCUCUUCCUGUUUUCUAGACCCUCCCUAAGUUUGGCCGUUGUGUCUCUGACAAUCCCUGUGUUGUCUGCAGGUGUAGGAAAAGCUUUUUUUCUUACAACAGAUAUGUUUCCAGAUCAUUGACUACACAGUCUGUAAGCCCCUAGCCGAACCUAGGGACCCAAGUGCUUGCUUUCGGAAGCUGACCGGCUGGUAUGGAACACAUAGGGGCUAAACAAGCUGCGGAAAGCUGCCCCAGGGUUGUGGCCAACUCAUGAGUCAUAUUGUGCAAGUUUGCAAAAAAUAAUUGCAUGUCUAACUAUAAGUCCUAUAUAUGUUUAAAGUACUGUGCUCUGCAGGGAGCUCCCUUCUUAGGUGCCAUCCUUUAAACACCUCUUUAAAUCUUUAAACAUCCUUUUAGCACCUCUGCUGCUCCUGCAGAGUCUGUUAUCCUGGUUUCAAAUGUGCACUAAAAGCAAGAUGAAGGCUUUGUCAAACUAGUUCUUUAAGAGCAUAAUUAGAUAUUCAAGCUCUGCCUUUACACAUGCAACUCUUGUAUUCAACUGCUUCAUCCUGACACCUUCAGAUGUGGUGGGACCUCAACUCUACUGCUUUUAAAUGGAUGUGUCUUAAACAUUCAUGUUUCUGGAUGCCCUAGGCCUUGUUCUGGUCUUUCUUGAUAUUUCUGUGUACUGAUUGGAGAAGACUGCAUACUCUAAUCAGUUGGAGGGAUUGUUGGUUUCUUGUCUCAGCUGGAGACUAAGCGAAAGGUGGUGGGGAAGAUGCACAACAUUUUUCUAGAGUAGGAAUGCAGCAUCAAUGUUUGUUUAAUAGACCUGGCUUCCCUGUGAAGUGACAGAGGUCCCUGCUCUGAAGUAUCCACUGUGGCUGGAAGCCUUAAAUUGGAGAAGAGAGGCAAUAACGGGGAAGUACAGAGGUUUUACCUGUUCUUAUCUCCAAGCAAAUAAUUGCUCUCUGAGAGAUGCAGAGGAUAAGGAUGUAGGUUUUUACAAAAUAGGCAACCCAGCUGUGUGUGUUGGAUAUGUGAGUUCAGCGCAGUGUUCCCUACAAUGCUUCCUCUUAGAGAAUUUAAGUGGGCGCCUUCAUAAAAGUUCUCGUUUACAGGCCAAAAUGAAGUUGUACUUCAACUGCUAUACUUCUGUUAGUCUUUGAACUUUUUUGACAGAUACAGUUAUUCAAAGCACUCUUAUUUUUUUGUUCCCAAGGUUUCCAGUGUGAAUAGCCUCAUAACAUCCUUCAGUGCAAAGACCCACUAAAUGAUUAUUGCGGAGGCCAAAAUUACUUUAUUUUCAUGUUCUCUCAUGUCAGGUUUCUUUUCCAAAACCACUUGUAACUAUUUUUAAAUAAAUUUGCCAUAAUCUCCAGAUACUAAUAUAUUUUUUUUUAAUUAGCUCAUUGCCUUCCAGCAUGUACUUGGAAGCUGAAGGCUCUUUCUUGUGCUCACAGGAACCUUUUAAAUACUGAACAUUGGUAACUAUAAAAAAACUGCAAGACUGAACAUGGCCAUGCUUGUUUUCUGAGGUGUUGCUUUUUAUCCCUUUCUAGCUUCUCUAGACACUUAGGUUGUAUUUCCAUGCAUUUCCUGUAUUACCUUAAUUCUUAUGUUAAAAAAAAAAAAAGGUGUCUGUCACAUUGUGACUGCCAUGCUGUUAAGGAACAAGUUUUCAGCAGAGAGUGGGGCAUGCCUGCCUUUGGUGUUGUCUUGGUGUUCUCUGCCUUCUCAACCAUCCUGUGCUUACUUUUUCUGUUUCCUGGAGGGGCUGGUUCAUUCUUCCCUUUCUUCCAGUACUUUCUAUUGCUGCUGCACACCAAGUUUUCUUAUAGGCUCUCAGAUCCUCCAAAUUAAUCUGACCUCACAGUUAGAGCCCUCAGAAACUUCAAUGUCCCUACAUUUCCCAGGCUCCUUGUAUCCUUUUCUUGGCAAGUAUAUGACUUUCAAAUGCCCUUAGCCCUCAGUCACCUUGCAAAUGCCACCACUGUGGUCCCACAGACACUGGUGCCCUUUAUACCCUGUCGCUGUGUGCUGUUCCACAUCUCAAAAGGGCUCACAUCUCUUUCCUUGUAUUUCAGCAGCACCAAACACUUCCACAGAUCAUUUGUUAUUGGUUUUAGCUCUUAAACACUCAUCCCUCUUCUCCCUUUGUAAUUUCUGUCCUAUAAACCUUUUCCUCAUCCUUGUUUCUCUUAAGCAUGUGGAGCCACUGACUCCUGUACCGAUUACUCCAGCAAACCAACCCACUCUAAUACUCCAGCUUACCCACAAAAAUAUUUUUCUCCUCUUGCACUUCCCUUCCCCCUUCAAGCAGUUGUAUUUCUACUUCUCUGCUUUACCCCUGCAUGACAGAAUGUUCCUAGUCCAAAAAGACAUGACUUGCUUUUUCUUUAGUGUCCUAUAACAUGCAGUUGCUCCUUGCAUGUUUUCUGUGUACUCCAAAUAACUGCCAUGCUUCUAACAUACGUAUAACUACUGAGCAUUUACUUCCCCACAACUUUCUCCUCUUGUACAAAUUCACCCCAGCUCAGACCUUUAAUUUACCUUUUGCUGACAGACGAAUCCCUUUAAAUGCUCACUUCCUCUAGUAUUUCACUUUCUCAGUGAAACACUCAAUUUUCCAUGCUCUUACUGCACUGUUGGUGGACUUGUCUCUUGUUUUCAGCCAAACUGAGCUCACUACACAUCUGUUGAGCUGAGAAUUUGUGGUCUUAUCAGCCUACAAGAAGUAUAGGGAUGUUCCUCAGAGGAUCACCUGAUUUCUCCUAAGAUGACCAUUUUUGCACUGAUCCUCAGGACAGGGAGAGCGAACCUAUUUACCAACUUGUAUAACAACUUCACAUUUAUACAGGCUUUUAACUCUGGAUUUACAGCUACGCAGAAGUGGGCCAUUUUUUUUUUCCAUUUUAAUACUUCUACAGAAGAGAGAAAUAAUAUGGUGCAAGCUUCCCCUAGGGAAUACAUAAUCUUCUACAGCUGUAUUUCUUUAGGACAUUAAAGAGAAUGUAAUGUUUCAAGUAGUUAUGCCUCUGAUUAAUCUUCCUUUAAUUACCCAUUUAUCUAUGUGUGAUGCAGUGGGUCGCAUCAAUUUGUAUGGUUAUCACAAGGCACUGUGUGAUGUGAAGAAUUGUCUUGCUAUUCAGAUAUUCUGAAGAGAUCAUGUUCAAUGUAUAAAUCAUUGUAUGUUUGUGAUACACAGAGACUGCUUUAGGUGUUGCACCUACUCUUUCUCCUUUCAUGAUUUGGAGGUAGUUUUGUGAAGCAAACAGUUUCAUGUGUCCAGUGUCAGGUUUUUGCUCAUUAAUGUGCUAGAAUCUAUGGAAGGCAGUAGUCUGCAGUACUGAACUCAUGACCAAGAACUGGUCUGGGAGUGCAGCAUCUUGAUUCCUCAAUUUGUCUGUCUUGUUUUUAAUUGUGACCAAAGCUGCUUUUUUGUUUUAGCUGCUAAACCUAGCUUUUAACUCUGCCUCUUGGGCAGUGUUUUUACAGAACACGGAAGUCCCUUCAUUAAAGCAACUUUGAGCUUUCCUCCUUUCUUUACCCACUCUCUUUCUUCAUUUUAAAUCACCAAUAAACACAGAAACUGUGGGGUUUUUUUUGUGUUUGUAGAUGUCCUGAUUUUUUUUCCCAGGGGGGCCUCCCAGGGGAAUACAUGUUCCUACAACUCUGAAUGCCUGUGGUUGCAGGGCUUUCCCUCCUCCUAGGCUGCCCCUCUUGCUGAAGGACACCCAUGAAUUGUUUGCAUCUAUUCCCAGCAGAGAGAGACCUUCACUUUCAUACAAGGGUCAUCAGCUGAGCACUGGGAUAAAGUUUGAAAAACCAUCAAUAUUUGUGUAAUAAAAAAUAUAGUGUUAAUGUCUGUGAGAAGGAAGAAAACUCACCCUCUGCUGGGAAGUGAAAAAGUGCAUUUUCAAGGCAAGAGCAGUACAGUAAAUGUGUGUUUAACAUCUCAAAGGGAAGAAAUAGGCAACAGUUUAUAUACUACACUAGAAUCUUCCAUCUUCCCAAGGGCGGUGUAUCUGCAUUAAUUUUAAAAAUAUCUGAAGUUUUUAUUUUGUUAUGAUUAACUAGUUUUUAAAUUCAAAAGAGGCUGUUUGUAAUGAUAUUGGGUAUAUGGUACCACAGGUCUUUGCCUAAACUAUAUGCUUAAAUUCUGGUA